GAAACCCCACCUCCUCGCUUCUUCCUCACACUGCUCCGCUAAAACCCUGAGAUUCGGAAAACUCUGCAGCUGACCCUCGCAUAACCCGAAACCCCCACAAACAGGGUUUUAGGGUUUGCAAGUAUGGAGGAGGAAGUGAAUAAUGAGAGAGAAGCGUACACUCUGGUGGUAAGGAAGCCCUGUUAUGGUCUCCCCACAGCAUGCCCUUCAUGCCUCUCUCUUUACAUCUACCUCAAGUUUGCUCAGCUCCCCUUCCUUUUGGAUUUCAACUCUACCUACCCCGACUCUGAUCAAAUUCCUUAUAUUGAGUCCGGUGAUUACGUGGCCUAUAAUAAUGAGAAUGGUGGGGUUAUUGAAAGUUUAAAAAAAGAUGGUAUUGUUGAUUUGGACACUGAAUUCUACUCAGUCCCAGAAUGGAUAUCAACAAAAGCAAUGGUUUGUUCCUGGCUUGGAGAUGCAAUUAUGUAUGAACUCUGGGUGGGUUCUGAUAGAAGUUCUGCUGAGAAGAUCUAUUAUCCUGACUUGCCAUGGCCAAUAGGAAAGGUUCUGUUCUUGAAGCAAGCUCACACUGUGAAGCAGCGUCUUGGAAUAACUAAGGACAAUGCUGAGCAAAUGGAAGAAGAGAUUUACAAGAGAGCAAACAUCGCCUAUGGAGCUCUGUCAACUAGGUUAGGGGAGCAGAGCUUUCUCUUUGAGAACAGGCCAUCAAGUGUGGAUGCAAUUUUUCUUGCGCAUGCGCUUUUGACUCUUCAAGCUUUACCUGAAUCAUCAGUACUGCGGACCAAACUUUUAGAGCAUGGUAAUCUUGUAAAAUAUGCUGAAAAGCUUAAGAUGGAGUUCAUAGAGGCUGGUUCUUCAUCUUCUUCUGCCUCAUAUUUUCAGUCAGACCCACCAUCAUCAGCUUCAAGAAGAGGUCCUUCGAACUCGAGUUCGAAGCCGAAGAGCAAACCCAAGAGGCAAAAGACAAAGGAAGAAAAAACUUUUAGAAAAAGGGCCAAAUAUUUUGUAGUGACACAGAUUGUUGCUGUUCUACUUUUUCUCACUUUCAUGAAUAGACCUGAUGAUGAAGUGGAGCUUGAGGAUGAUGAAGGCUAUGGUUAUGAUGACUGAAAGCAUUCAUUCAUCUACGGUGUUGCAUUCUCAAUACUCAAAAUUUUGCCCUUGAUUACCAGCCGGAUAGGAAGGACUUCUCCUUAUUCUUCAUUUGUUGCAAGUUUCAGAUUGAAAUUUUUGGGAAAUAAAUAUAGAUACAAAUCAAAGGAUAUAUUUAUGCAAUAUAUUGAGCUGUAUUUUGUGCGGUUCAGAAGAAAUAUUCUUCAUGUGUUGGGUUCUACCACUUGAUUUUUGAAGUGGCAUACAUUUUGUAUUUCAAUUUGCUAAAAUUUCCUUGUACCUUGGCCAGAAAAAUAAUAGAUCUGGAUUUAUUUUUUUGUUAA